UAGCACAAUGAAAGAUCCCCGUUACUUUGCAGCGAAAGAUGAUCUUCCGUCUCACUUUACAUCAUGAUGUUGUAGUGCUUCGUCCGAGGAGCUGAUUUUUGUCCCCGCUGCAGUUUCUACCGGCGGGAGUGACAGCAGGCUGCCUGUCUGUGCACGCAUCAACAUGCAUCCGAUGCCCGUGUGCUCCGUCAGCGGUGGAGACAUAUUUGACUGUAUACAGAGGGGAAAUAUUGAACAGUGUAUACAGUUCGUGCAAAAUGACCGAUCAGUUCUCAAGCAAAAAGGCUGGGGCGGUUUCACCCCACUGCACUACGCUGCCCUCCAUGGUAACCGUGGCCUGGUUGACCUUUUCCUCACUAAUGGAGCCGACCCUAACCUGACAUGUGAUUCAGGACAGACAGCCUUUCAUUUUGCCUGCAGGCAGGGGAACAUCUAUAUCAUCCACCAAAUGAUGCAGUAUGGAGCUGAUUUACGCCUCAUAGACCUGCAGCAAAAAACAUCGCUGCAUCAUGCAGUCACUGGGGGCAGCAUUGUUGCAGUGCACUAUCUGUGGGAAACAGGAAUGUUCCGGUUCUCAGACACAGACAUGUACCAGGUGACACCGCUUCACCUGGCUGCAUCCACAGGCAACACAGAGGUGGUCCGCUAUUUGCUCCGAGACCAGAGAUGUGCUGUGGAUGCAGUCGACCAGCAGGGAGCGACAGCGCUUCACGUCGCAGCAGAGAGGGGCGGAGUGGAGGUAUGCUGGACGCUGCUGCAGAGAACAGGGUGCGGGAUGCUCUAUCAGAAGAACCACAGUGGCCUCACACCACUGGACCUCAGCAAACAGGGAAAAACAUUUAGACAUCAGCAACUCACCAAGUUACUGAGUCGGUACAUUAAUGAGCCAAUACACCACAAGCCCCGAGAGUCUCAUGUUUUAUAUUACUGGACACUGUUUUUUCCGACCCUGAGCGGAGCCGCCAUCCUGAUCAUAGCAGCCAUGUUGGGAGGCUACGGGGGAAUAACCUGCGGUCUGCUCUUCCCCUGGCUGGCCAGAAGCAUCUUCACACAGUACCACCGCAUGACCACAUAUCAAAGGUUACCCAACCCGGUCUACUUGGGAACCCUCAUAGCUGGCAUGUUUCAUUCUGUGCUCUGCUUCUAUGGAAAAAUAAUGCCUAGUGUGUGGCCAACCAGUGCUCUGGUCCAGGUGUCCAUGGUGCACUUCUCCCUCGUCCUCGGUUUGUUCUGUAAGGUUCUGACUCAGGACCCUGGGACACUGGACAGAGCAGAUGCAGAUCCUCGGUUCUCCUGUAUCGCUGACCUGGUGGAGAACAACCAGAGUCCUCACAGAUUCUGUCCAUACUGUGAGUUGUUUCAGCCCGACUUCACUAAACACUGCAAGCUGUGUGACGUGUGUGUUAAAGACUAUGAUCACCACUGCCUUUUCCUGAACCGGUGCGUCGGCCGGGGUAACCACCGCCUCUUCCUCUUCUUCAUCCUCUCCAUGGUGAUUGCUCACCUUUUCUUCGUUGCUACGGCAACAAGUUACCUGUAUGACAAGAUGUCUGCGGGCAGUCACAGCUUGUCAUCAUGGCUCACAUUGUUGGGGGAGGAGUUCUGGGUCAUGGUCAUGAUGGUUAUGAAUGUGCUGACGCUGCUUUGGGAGGUGUGGCUAUUGACCGAGCAAUUUGAUGCUGUUGCCACGGGAACGACCACCUACUUCAGACAGUGUGAAAGCUCAGCACGACAGAGGUCACUUGGGCAGCGCUGGGUUGUAGUGCUGUCGUUUCUGCUGGAGGGUCGGAGGCGGGUGGGCAGCGGACCAUCAAGAGAAGACAAAACUGCCAUAGAUAUUUAAAACUGUUUGUCUUGUAGCCAGCUGUUGUUACAUCGCUCAGUUUACGGAGUCUUUGGUGUGCACUCAACCUUGUGAUAUUGUCCCUUUUAGAUUCAGUAACUCUCUAAUGCCAUUUAACAUGUUGUACUUGAAUGUAAAAUUUGGUUUUAUCUCAAUAUUCUAUUUUAAUAUGCAGUAGGCUUUAGAGUAGAUUCAUCAUGAAGUGGCUAGCAGGAUAACUACCACUUAGAGUUUAGAUGUUCUCCUAGUUUUUAGAGACCUCACUGACUACUUUUAAGACAACAGUAUUAAAAUUAACGUGUUGGUUAACAUUGUUGUGUGUGCGAAGUACAGGAAAUUUCCAAAACUGUGUUUUAGCAGGGAAUGCCUCUGAAUGAAAGCUCAUAUUUACACCUGCUUUUAUAUUCCACAUCAGCAUUAUUUUUUUAACUCCAUUGUUAUUGUUGUUUUGAAUAAAAGUGUGUAAUAGUGCAAAGCAUCAUUCAAAGUUGUGAAUAUUUGUGUAAAACAUAAAUGAUUCCUGUGAUAAUGGUUAAUAGCAGACUUUGUUCCUAACAUAAUGUCAUUACCUCUCCGACCUGCUCCCAGUCAUUCGGGCUACUUCCUCUGCUCACACUAAUGAGACGUGCUCUUUUCAUGCCUUCAAUUAAACAGACUCAUUUCCUUUGUGUCCCUCAGGACCAUAUUUCUAGAUUAUAGAUGAUGUUCCCCACACCCCUCAGAGGCUGGUGUGUCUGGACUAUGUGAGUGGCUGUGUCACGUGAUAUUAUUUAGUGUCUACAGUAGUGCCUGUCAUGCAUAUGGAGUGGUUAAGAGGAGCACAUGAGUGCUUUUAUUGUAUUUCUCCAUCCCUAGGUCAGUGUUAUUGUGUUUGACUGGCUGGCACUUGUCAAUAUCCAAAUAUAUGUUGAUGUAUUUUAUCUGUGGUUACAGGUUUUCUUUUGG